AAGCGAGGAUAUAAGCGUUAUUUAAGCAGCAGCAGCAGCCAACAAACUUUGUAUUCCUUUCACAGCCCUCUUUUCCUCUCGGUCGUCUUGCACUUUCGGACGGACGGCUAUGCUGUAACACGAUUGGAUUGCAUUCACACAUACACAACAUUCAUUUCAUGCAGGCUGCGUUAAGGGAAUAAUAUAAUAUCUGCGGAAGAAGGGUUUUAUAUAUCCAGCAGCAGCCAGCAAGCAGCCGACUACUACAAAAAGUGAACUUAUUCCACUCACUCAUGCUAACACCGCACACAGAACAAAAUAUUAUACCCAGCAGCAAAUUAAUCACUUAAUUUACUUGCUGCUGGACUGGAUGGUUGUCGUCGUCGCUUCUUAUUGUUGUUAUCCACCAUCCCCCCAAAUAAUAACUGGUCUGGCUAAUUGCACAAAUAAUCAAACCACAACAUUAUAUUAUAUUUGUGCAUUGACUUGACAUCAUCAUCGUCGAGAGUGGAACCAAACCACAAAAAAGUUGUGGGCACGACUUCUUCCUCGAGAGUUACUUUCUUCUACGGCUGGAGAAGAAUUUACAGGACAGGCCAGCGAGGAAUAUUAUUGGUCUGAUGAUGAGUGUCGGCUUAAAGAAAAAACGGGAGAAAUUGGGACCCAAGUUUAAACUACUUCCGGUGACUUUUUAUUACGAGGUGAGAGUAGAAGAGGAGAGUGAAGAGUGACUUGGGUGUGAGAGUCCGGUAAACAUUUUUGCGUUGUGACUUGUGAGUAAGGAUUUUCUGGACAAAGAGUUUGUUUUUAUUAAGAGUGAAAGUGUAAAUAAAUAGUGAUUAAGCUGGAAUUUUAUAUAUGGUUGAUUGAUUUGUGGGAAAUGUGCGAUAUAAAGUAUCAAUAAAGCUGAAAUAAAAUGACAUGACCGCAUAGUACACCCCCACCGCAUCACACUUCCGUCUCGACGUCUAAAUAUAUGCGGCCAAUUUCCUCUCCAACUAAUAAACCAAACCUGGCAGCAUCAUAUAAUUCAUACUUUUGGAAAAUUUGAAUCCUUUCGACCACGACGAUAUUACCUCAGAAACUGGUCAUUUUUUUAACCGUUUAAGUUUUAGACUUUUAAACACAAGCAUCGUGCCACCCACGGAUUAUUGAGUAUUUAUUUACACCAACGAGUAAUACCCCAUAAAAUGCGUGGGUGGAUGGGAAGUUAGCUAAAUGCGGACUAUAAUUAUGGACAUAAUAAGAAUAAUAAUAAUGGUGUCGUGGACAUAGCUGAGACGUUGUUUAUGAACAAAAUGAAAAUGGAAAUGGUGACUGGAGAAAUUUGGUAGUUCUACCACAACGGGGAACGAACGAACCACGCACAUUUUCUGCUCAAUUUACCACACCACACCCCCACAAAUUUAUGUGGGUGGUCAUCCCGACUGUAGACUAGGAGGAAUGAAAAACGGAUCCAAACACAACAAUCAAGAAAGCAACGCAUGUAAUGUAAUGGUGUAGAUUGUCGCUAGUUGGUUGAGAUAGCACCUGAUCAAGCUCAAGAAUUUUGCUCCUUGUCCUUUAACCUCUGCUCUGAAGAAGAUAAACCGGAAGUAGCAAAAUGGCUGGUCAAGUAGGAUCAAGUUACUUAAUGGCAAGGAUGAAGCUCUUUUUCUUCGCAGCUGCUAUUAUUUUUGUGACAUUUUUGCACCCAUCAUGGUGCGACAUUCUGAAAAUAUCGAUGACUGGAGAGGGAUUAAAGUCUUUGGGACGCCCAGCGACGCUCACCUGCCAUUCUAACGAUACUUCGAUAGCAUCCGUAAAGUGGAUAUUUGAAAACACCGUUUUACCAUCAGUUCCACCGAAAUCUAAAAGCUCGUCGCUUCAUGAAGCGAUUCAUGUCAUUCCUAAUGUGACCUUUAACGACUUUGGGAGGUAUUUGUGUAGUGCUAAUCUAUCCACCGGCGAAGUGCAUAAUGUUACGCAUGAACUUUUGUUCAAUGUAAAUGCCAAAGUUACGCUCAAUGCAGUCCAUGAAGUCAAAGAAGGAAGUAAUGUUAGCAUGACUUGUGCCGUGACGGGCUACCCUUCUCCGACAAAUAUCCACUGGCAAUUUUCUCAUCGACCAGUUGCAAAUUCUGAGAGUCACAGCACGUCUGAAACGCGGAGUAAUCCUGCAGAGAUAUCUUCCACUUUGGUGAUGAUUAAUGCAACGCCUGAAAUGAAUGGGACAUAUGACUGCAACACGCCGGAUGGGACUAAAGAGACACAUUUAGUUGUGAAAAGUAAACCUACGUUGAGAUUUCAACUAGUAAAAGCUGUUGGACGGACGCAGAUUUUUACCAACUGGACAUUAUUUAAUGGAAACUCGAAAAUAAAAAACCUUGAAAUGAAGUACUAUCAAAGCAAAAAGGUCGGUCCCGUGAAAAUAUCCCUGAGUCCUAAAGCAAACUCGUAUCUCAUUACUAAAUUAAAUCCUGGAGAAACGUACUUCAAUUUCUCAAUUUCUGCCAUAAAUGAAGUUGGCCAACACGAAGAUGUUUAUGACAUUGAUGUCGUAACACUUCUCGAAGAUCCGCAUUUUGUACCACAAAUUUCAGUCAAUGGAUUUACCUCAAACACAGUUACUCUGGGUUGGAAUGUAUACUCGAAUAUUUCAGAGUACUUUAACUAUUACAAUGUAUCCUACCGACGAAUCCAGUCCGGUAUUCCGCAGUACUACACGGCGUAUGAGCAUCCACUUAUGGUUGAAAAAUUAAAACCUGGAGCUACAUAUGUCUUCAAGAUACAAGCAUGUUCUAGUUACAUCAAGACAUGCGAGGCAUAUUCACAAGAAGUAAAUGGAACUACGAUGGACGGCAUGUCUAGCGCUCCACAAAAUUUGAGUUUGAAUUGUCAAUACGACGUAAAGACUCACGAGACUCUUGUCAGCGUGGGUUGGGAUGAACCCAGCGAUCCACAAGGUUACAUUGGUGAAUAUGAAGUGACCUUGACGGGAAAUGCGUCGUUCUACGACAAACAAGGAAAGCAGGCUGAAGAUAGAGUUCCGCCAAUUACGAAAAACGUAUUGGCAAACGCUCCUCGAAAAACGGACUUUCCUGGUCAACCUCCAAACACACAAAUAUUUGUAAACGUUUGUGCAAAAACACGUUCCAAAAGAUGUGGCGCUUCUGCAGAGGUCAGUUGCCUCACGCCCGAAAGUAUUCCAGAUACUCAAGAACUCAGCCAAGCUUCUUGGAAAGCUGUACAACGAAGCAACAGCCAGCAAAUAUUUUUCAUGAUCAAUGUUCCACACAUUUCUCAACGAAACGGGACAAUUUGUUGUCUACGCGUCAUUGUUGUUAGAUUGGGCAAGGAUCAAUCCGUGCAUGAUUUGAAACCUCCAUCUGAGAUGGAGAUUUUCACCUAUGACGCGAUACACAACGGGACUAAUUCCGGUGCGUAUCUUGCCGAAAUGCUGGAUGCCAAUAGCCGACAUAUAAUGAUCGGGGAUGGAGUUAUGAGCGAGAGGUUGCUUUGUGAGAAAUGUUGGCCACAGAAUGACUUUAGCAUGGGCGCAUAUUCCUAUCGACCUUCGGGACACUACCCGUCCGCGAAUGCUAUUCCUUUGAAGCAUCACCGCAAACGGCACACCAGUUCAAACGGCCAACAACAUUCCAACAUUCCCCAAGACGGUCCCUUAGACACUGGCAGCACAUACACUGCAUAUUUAGAUGCUAUCGUGGUAAAUGACAAACAUCAAAGGAUGCGAGCCCAGAGCAAAUAUUUUCUCCCCUUGAGACCCGUUGGAGCUGAUUCUCAAGAGUCAAUAAUUCCUGGCGUUGCCAUCAUUUCUAGCUUGAUUGUGACAUUAGUCGUCGUGCUAAUUGCUCUCAUGUGCGUCAUGAGGUGGAGGAAGGAAGAGCCCGGAGAUCAAGAGUAUGGUCUUUCGCACUCUAUCCAACAAUGGUGCCGCCGAUUGCGAGGCCAACAACCAAUUCCGAGCGAGGAGCCACCAAACUUGCCACCCUUGUCAAAGGACGAACUUGUCAAUGCCUAUUUAGAGCGGCAUAAGGACUCUGAUUUAGGAUUUCAACAAGAGUUUGAGAAAUUACCUGAUCGGUUUUGUGAUCGUACCGCGCAAGCAUCCGACAACUCGAGCAAUGUUGGCAAAAAUAGGUACCCCGACAUCAAAGCGUACGAUCAAACGAGAGUGAAACUCUCAACAUCUGAGAACGGAUCUGAUUACAUCAACGCCAACUUUGUCGUUGGCUACAAAGAGAGGAAGAAGUUUAUUUGUGCACAAGGACCAAUGGAAACAACCGUUGUGGACUGGUGGAGAAUGAUUUGGGAGCAACAUGCCCACUUUAUCCUCAUGUUAACAAAUGUGGAAGAAUACAACAAAACGAAGUGUGCAAAAUACUGGCCAAAUGAAGGUUCAACCAACUACGCGGAAUUCAUGGUCACACAUUGUUCGGAAAAACGCUACUCUGACUAUCUCGUAAGGAACCUGAAAAUCAGUAAGGCACGCUCCGGAUCUAAUGUUGAGGAUGGGAAUCGGGAAGAGCGAGAAAUAUUCCAGUAUCACUACCUCGUCUGGAAGGACUUUAUGGCUCCGGAACACCCCGUGGGAAUCCUCAGAUUUAUUAAAAGAUUUAACGAGGCGUAUGCUCCUGAUAAGGGUCCCAUCCUCGUGCAUUGCAGUGCGGGAGUAGGUCGUACCGGAACUUUAGUGGGAUUGGACUCGAUGCUUCAACAACUGAAUGAAGAGGGUUGUGUGUCAAUAUUUAAUACAAUUUGCGAUCUCAGACACCAACGAAAUUAUCUCGUGCAAUCAUUGAAGCAAUAUAUCUUCAUCUACCGUGCUUUGAUGGAAAUGGCUCAAUUUGGAGACACUGAUGUGUCGUCUUCCGAGCUCAAGUCGCAUAUCGAGAAAAUUAAAGGUUGUGCUGUUGGGAGUACAACAUCUCGUAUGCAAGAGGAGUUUGAGAGACUAGUGCAAGUAAUAGAGGAUAGAAAGCCAUUCACUGUGGGUGCGUCGGAAGACAACAGGCAUCGCAAUCAUCACGAAAAUAUCAUUCCUUAUGACAGGAACCGCGUGCAUCUAUCUCCCAUGCCAUCACUCAGCAAAGAGAUUAACACGUAUAUUAAUGCUACAUUUAUCGAGGGAUAUGACAGUACUGAGCAAUUCAUCAUUGCUCAAGAUCCCUUGGAAGUAACUAUUGGGGACUUUUGGAGAAUGAUAGUUGAGCAAAACAUUCGGAGUAUUGUGAUGUUGUCAGAGACUGGUGAAGAAAAAUGUACAAGAUAUUGGCCUGAAAAGGACCAGGAAACCAGUCACGAUUACAUUAAAGUCAAAUACAUGCAGAGUCAAAGUUUUCCAUUUUACUACCGUCGGGAGUUUACUGUCACCGACACGAAAACAGAUCACUCUUGUCUUGUCACUCAGUUCCAGUACAAUGGAUGGCCCGUCGGAGAGGGCGAAGUACCUCAGAUUGAUCGGGGCAUCGUUGAAUUAAUUGAUACUACCUUUAAAUACAAAGAUACAUUGGAGGGCAAUGUUGGACCUAUAGUUGUGCAUUGCAGCGACGGGGCUGAUAGAAGCUGCAUUUUUGUGGCACUCGCCAUUCUAGUUCAGCAAAUGAUGAACGAAUCUCGAAUCGAUGUUUUUAGUGUUGUAAGAAAAUUAAGGUCUCAACGACAAGGGUUGUUCCGUAAUUUUCCUCAAUACGAAUUUAUUUACCGUGGAUUGCACACAUAUGCUGAACUUCAUGUAGCAAAUGGGAACGCUGGACACUGACUGGAAAUAUGAUGAUGAUGAUGAUCUGCUUCUUGCCGUUGUCGCUGUUGUUGUCUAUUCAUCAAAUAGUGUUUGAAUAUUUAUAAUUUUCAUACUAAUAGAUUUAGGCAGGUUCAGAGUUUUAUGUCUUUUACAAAACUGUCAUCUCAACUGGUCAUUCCGUUACUAAAUUGUACUGUUCAUCGUUAUAUAUUUAUCAUUGUUCUUAUGAUUAUUAUUAUUACUACUAUUGUUAGAUGACUAGGAACAGAGAACGAGAAAUGCGUAGUUUUAUAGCCUAUUUCUAUUUAAUAACUCUGACAAACUUUCUCCCUGGAGUGAUUACUAUUAUAUACAGCUUCUUGACUCCCAACUUUACAACAAAAACUGUUUUAUAACUUGAUAAGAUUUCAUACUGGAUAUUUUACAAUUUUAAAGGAAAAAUACUAUAAUUAAUCAUAGUAUAUAGUAGGCACAUGUAUUUAUGUUAUGUAACAUUUAUUAUGGAUAGCUCAAACAAAUGACAAGAUAUAGUCCUACUAAAUCUUACGUUUCUAUACAACAAAUAGAAUUGUACGGAAAACAAACAAAAUUCCAUUUACAUAACAUUUAGAUCUUUGGAAAUAGAUCUUUCUCUCCAAAGACGACAACCGGCGAUAUAUGUUUCAGCAAGUUUCUUACCCAGAGAGAUGCUGAAAAAUGCAUCGAAAAAACAGUGCAACAUAUAAAAUAUUCCCUAAAACUGUAAGACUACUGCACAAUCGCGUCGUCCAUAAGUAACAAAGAAAAUGCAAUGCACUCCUCCUCUGGUAUAUACAAAUAUAUGAUUGCCGAUUUGGAAAAAAAUUUGCACACACCAUUCAGCACGUGGAAUAAUGUUGUGAAAUCCAUUUGUGAUGAGUGGGAGGGUGAGUGGGUGGAUGGCUGUGGUGUAUGUACACACUGUACAAAAAUCUAUUUCCUGUCUCUCCUGAAUAUAGAAUCAAAUACCAAAAACUACACUAAAAUGUCAUUGCAUAAUUCGCAACGUUAAGUGAUAUAGGCUAGUUUUAUACGUCACAAUUUGCAUUUUCGGUAUUAACUUAAUAUAAAUUACAUGCAUGUACAACAUAAUUUAACUAACUAAAAGUAAGUAUAUAUUAGGAUUGACGAGUCUUUUGUUAUUAUAUUAUUAUGGAACAACGUAGACUGACGAUGGCGUAAAUACAAGCCUUUUAACCAAAGUAAA